GUCACUUAAAUCACUCGGAAAGGGGUUCAGCUCUUCAGUUAUUGCGCCAAAUCGUUGUGUAAAACCAAACGAGAACAUUUCAAAAUAACGUCAAACGAAAGCGUGUAACUUGAUAGGCAGUUGUUUGUUUACUAUUUUAGAAGAUCUCGUGAAUGAACAUCAAAGAGCGUCGAGCUUUUGUUUUGCACCCGUUCGCAGCUGUUGCAGAUAAAUUUGAGUUUCCGGCGAUUUUCUUUUUCCGAAGGCACUCGAAGCAAAGUGGUUUGAAUGAAAUACGAAAUAAGCUAUCACAGUGACUCCGAGACGAUGGGAAGCCGUGCGCAGUCUGUGAUCUGUGACAAGGUGCUGGCUGGAUUGCCGCAACUGCUGGAUGACCUGCAGAAACUGUCCGAGGAUCAGGACACGGCAGAUGUCGUUUUCAUACUAGGUGCGGGCGAAGAACGGAUAUACGCUCAUCGGAUUAUUUUAAUGGCGAGAUGCAAAUCAUUUCAAAUGGCGAAACGAGGUGAAAUCUGUCGAAUACCAGGCUGUUCAGUCCUUCCAUCCGCUCCGGGAACGCCAACACCGGUGCGACUACCCCACAUUGAACCAGAAAUUUUUCGCCAAUUCAUACUCUACGUUUACACAGCAAAGAUAAUGCUGCAGGAUUCUAAGGUAUUUGAGAUGAUGACUUUGGCCCAAGAUCUGGGUGUGGAAGAACUGAAAAUCGCAUGUGAAGAACAUAUCAAAACUACAAUGUCAGUCGCCAAUGCUUGCACAUUCCUCGCGGCAGUAAUGGAAAUACAGGAGAAAGCCUCAGGCGCGAAAUUAGCUGCUCCAUUUCUGACGAAAUGCAUUACAUACAUCGCCGAGAAUGCUUCUGAAUGUGUGAAGACCAAUGCGUUCUUGAAUCUAACCAAAGAAGGUUUGAUUCAAGUAAUAUCAUUCGAUAAUCUGGGACUAGAGGAAGAGGAUGUCUGGCGUUGUGUACUAGCUUGGGCCAAAAAUCAAGCUGGUGUUACCCAACCGACAGCCCACUGGACAGAGGAGGAACGUCAACGCGUGUGCCAACAUCUCGCCCCGGUCAUUUCCCACGUUCGACUGUUUCUCAUAGACAGCCAAGUGUUUGCGGAAGAAGUUGAGCCAACCGGAGCCGUGCCUAUCGAGCUAUCCCUGGAACGCUAUCGACGGGCCGCUCUUCAUUCGAAUAAAGUUCCGGCCGCGGCAGUGCCCAUUCCCGCUGGACCGUUGGCCGAGAAUGACAAACGACUUCAACCGCGGCUUAUGCUCAACUUGUUUCACGGUUCGAGCAUUUUGAAAAAUGAUAAGAUCCACAUGCAAGGAAUUUUAAACGGAUGGUAUGGAGCACCAAAACAGAUCUGGAGGUUGGUCUAUCGAGCAUCGACCAAUGGGUUUUCAGCGUCUGCCUUCCAUCGGUACUGCGAUGGAGUUGCACCACUUUUUAUAGUUGCAUUGGGUUCUCAAGGCGCCAUAAGCGGAGGAUUCACAGAUGUAGCAUUCGCGAAGACAAACCGGAAGGGUGGAUACCUUCACUCAGAGAAAGCUUUCCUUUUCGCACUCAAUUAUAAUAACGAACCUCCGACUAAAUUUGAUAUUAUUAAGAAACCUUAUGCUAUUUGUUAUCACCCUGACUGUGGUCCUAUUUUCGGAGCCGGUGCGGAUUUGUUGAUUUCGAACAAUUGUAAUGUGAACAUGGAGUCAUAUUCAAACUUUCCGCAUUCCUAUGAUGGCCUGAAUGCAACUUUUGGUAAUUUGUUUGGAGAGUACAACUUUUUGAUAUCUGAUUACGAGGCGUUCACCUUGGCCCCGUCGACCGCAGCUUCCGUUAUCAAGAUGAAACAUGAUCGGUAUAAUUGAAGAAUAUAAGAAUAAAAAAACUAGAGUAUCUGCAAAAACUUUUUUUUUUGCAAAAACAUUAAUAAAUGUAAAGAAUUCAGAAUAGCAUUUUU